AUGGUACCAAGCAGAUCCAUGGACAGAGAAAGAAAUCACACCUCUGUGGUCAUGUUUGUUCUCCUGGGACUGUCAGAUGAAAAAAGGGUGCAGCUUAUCCUCUUUCCAGUCUUCCUGGGGAUCUACCUUCUGACCCUUGUCUGGAACGUGGGUCUCAUCAUCCUAAUCAGAAUGGACUUCCACCUGCACACACCUAUGUACUUUUUUCUCAGUUUCUUGUCAUUUAUAGACAUCUGCUAUUCCUCUUCCAUCAGUCCAUGGAUGAUUUCAGACUUCUUAAAGGACAAAAAAAUGAUUUCCUUCAUUGCCUGUGCCACCCAGUAUUUUGUUGGCUGCUGGAUGGCUCAGGCUGAGUGCUGCCUCUUGGCCGCCAUGGCCUAUGACAGAUAUGUUGCUAUUGAGGCUCUGCAGCACUCAGCCGUCAUGGCUCCCGGCCUCUGUCAGAAGAUGGUUGCUGGGGCCUAUGGGAGUGCUUUUGUUGGUAGCUUAGUUCAAACUGUCCCUUGCUUUCAUCUCUACUGCUGUGGGUCAAUUAUCAUUCAACACUUUUUUUGUGACACACCCCAGAUUGUUUCCUUGUCUUGCUCUGAUCCCUUCAUCAGCCAAAUGAUUCUUUUUCUGUUUGCUGUUGUUGUUGGAUUUGGUUCUUUGCUUGUUAUCCUCUUAUCCUAUGGUUUCAUUGCAGCUUCCAUCUUGAAAAUGUUCUCCAUCAAAGGUAGUGCCAAGGCCUUCAAUACCUGUGCCUCCCACCUGGCAGUUGUUACUCUCUUCUAUGGAACAGGCCUCUCAGUGUACAUGCAUCCUAGCUCUAGCCACUCCACGAAGCAGAACAAGGUACUCUCAGUGUUCUACGUUAUUCUUAUUCCCAUGUUAAACCCUCUUAUUAUAGUCUGA